UAUGAAGUCAUUUCUCCUCGAGUUGUUGUUUAUGUUGUUUAUUUCAGGCUAUGAAGGCGAGAACUGUGAGCUUGACGUGGACGAGUGUGAAACGCAGCCGUGCGAGAAUGACGGCGUAUGUUUCCAGCGGUCCGACUCCAGCCACUACAGAGUUCUGCCUGAACUGGACACGGACUUCAGCUACGAGAGCGCAGCCGGAUUCCUGUGCCAGUGCCGCGCUGGAUUUACAGGCGACAACUGUUCAGUUAACGUGAACGAAUGCGAGUCCACGCCGUGUGAAAACGGAGGCACCUGUGAAGAUCUCAUCAAUGCGUUUCAGUGCUCGUGUCCUGCGGGGUUCACAGGUGUGUAAGUGCGCUCCAUAUACCACCUGACUUCACUUCAGACCAUUCAGAAUAAUGGCUGAAUGCGCAACGUAUUGUAGGUUCACUGGAAAAACAUACCACU